AGUGCCUGUGAGUCCUGUGCGUCCUGUGCGUCUGGAAUGAUGGAUAAGUUCAAUACUGUUCUUAAAAUUGUUCAGAAACAGCAAACUAGUCUCGGGUUUGGUUUAGUUGCGUUGCUAACUGCAGGCGGGGAACAGAUAUUUUCAUCAGUGGUGUUCAAAUGUCCUUGCAGCGGCUGGAACUUUUCCUACGGCAUGGUGUUUCUCUUAGUGCCUGCUCUGGCACUGUUGGUGUUGGGUUACAUCAUGAGCAAUAAAACAUGGAAAUUGUUUACAGGUUUGUGUUUACGCAAAUCCAAAUUGUGUCAUUUUAAAUAUUUUUGCGCCUCUGGGGUGGUCUUCUUUCAGAUCACCACGACAGCAGUAGUUGCACCUGUGAGUUGGAUUGCAGUCGCUCUGCUCAAUGGCAAUUACUUUGAAUGCGCCAUGACUGGUAUCAAUGUAACGGUUUUCACAAAACACCUUUGCGAUGGGAAGAGUCCGCAGUGCCUGGAUGAACUUUAUAAAUUCCCCUGUGGGAGAGCCACACACGUGCCACUAUCUGACAGCAAUGAUGUGCUCGCAACCAUCCGCGCUGAGUCGCAGGUCCUGGGUUGGCUACUGAUCGCCUCCAUCAUGGUCUUCAACCUCCUGCUGACCUGCGUUGCCCGGUGUAACUCCCCAGUCAGCUACCUGCAGCUGAAGUUCUGGAGGGUCUAUGCCCAGCGGGAGAGUGACCUGCUGGAAAACUACACGGCAGAUCACGCCGAAAAGCUUGCAGAGAGGAACCUGAAGAGCUUCUUCCAGCAGACGCCUCCAGAGCCUGUCACGACCCCAUCUAACCGGGCCUGGGAGAAGAUCUCGUCCCUCUACAGGUUCAGCACCAGAGACCACUACUACAGCAUCCUGCACAAGUACGUGGAGAAGUGCCAUGACCCUGCAGAGGCCAGGGACCACAGGAUGUCAUCUGUCAGGUCAGACGGUCUAGACACUGCUAAUCCAGCCGUGCUCGCCUUUGUGGAUGAGGGCAAGAUGAUGCUGUGAAUGGGCAUGCAUAUGAUCAUAGGAACAGCAGUGACAGCAUCACUAUUAUGACAUUAUCUGUAACCAUCCUUAUUACUUUUAGCAUCAAAGUUAAGACUCAGUAUAGAGGAUUGUUGUCAGCAUUAUACUCUUCGUCGUCAUCAUCAUCAUCAGUGUGCAUCAGGGGAUUUUUCAGUAGAAAGACCAAUCACAUCUGAUUAACCACUCUCAGGUCUUUGCUUGAAUAACAAAACUCACGCUAGUUCCCAAUUUUAUAUUGUUACUUGAAAGUUCACUUUCAAGAAACAAAACUGCUUGCAACUUUUUAUUUGAAAUUCUAUGUUCAGAAGGGAUUUUUUUUUAAAUAGUUGAUCAUACUUUCUUUCUCUUUUACUUUUCUGUUUAGUAUUUUUAUGCCCCUCAGACUUGGCCUACAUACAGGUGGUCUGUGGCAUUAAACAGGAAACAGGAAAUGCAUGGUCUGGUUCUAUUAAAUAAGGAGCUAGUUUGUGCACUGCAAAAUACUUUCAAUAAAAGCCUGUUACCAGUGUACAAGUAGCAUCUUUAUAACAGUAACCCGCAAUAAUAUUCAGUUUGACCUUACAAGCUUAGUCUCCAAAGUAUUUAUGCGCUAUUGUUAUUUAAAUUAUUGCACUGUAGACCGACCAUUGCCACAAGUGAACUGCGAUGAACAUCAGCUCUGCAUUGAAUGUAAAACUUAGCGUAAUUGUUAGAUUCGUAUCUCUGUGUAAAGCUUAAGUAGUACUAGUCAGAUAUCGGCAGUAUUGUAUUUUUGACAUACAGAUUUCAAUGACUUUUGUGUAUUAUAUACCUUUUUAUUUGUAACAAGAUACUUCAGAGAAUGGUAUUUUGUAUUUUCAAAAUACUAAAAAUACUUUUCUCCCAAAAAAUGUAUAGUGGUUCACAGUUUUGUGGCCCAAUAUCACCCCAAAUUUGCUGCAUUGGUAUCAGAUGUCUUAUGGUGUGAGGCCAUGGGAGCUGUUGUUGGAUAAGUGGAGGAGCUUGAAAGAAAGUUAAAGCACAAGUAUUCACUUUAAGUAUGAGGAUAAUGCAGUGAAUUUGGUCCAAAAGGGGAUAGUAAACUUGACUUCGAAAGGGAACAAACACACUGUCACUGCACUCACUCUCAUUCAGGAAGUGGGUCCUGUGCCUCGACUUUCUUUCAAAUACCUUUUCACCUCCACCAGCACAUCUGAUUACGUCACGCUCACAGAAUCUAGUUUCUGACACCUAUGCAAUGAAUUUGAGGUAACAGGGCCACAAAGUUCCCGAAGACGAACAUAUACACUCAGUAAAAACAGAUACGUCGCUUUUUCAGGACCCUGUCUUUCAAAGAUAAUUCUUUAAAAAUCCAAAUAACUUCACAGAUCUUCAUUGUGAAUGUUUUAAACACUAUUUCCCAUGCUUGUUCAAUGAACCAUAAACAAUUAUGGUACAGGAUGGCAACAACAACUGCCUGAGUAACACCAGGAACGCACAAUCUCUCCAUCGUUGCUCAGACUGUCCGCAAUAGGCUGAGAGAGGCUGGACUGAGGGCUUGUAGGCCUCACCAGACAUCACCGGCAACAACGUCACCUAUGGGCACAAACCCACUGUCGCUGGACCAGACAGGACUGGCAAAAAGUUAUCUUCACUGACGAGUCGCGGUUUUGUCUCACCAGGGGUGAUGGUCGGAUUAGAGUUUAUCGUCGAAGGAAUGAGUGUUACACCGAGGCCUGUACUCUAGAGCGGGAUCGAUUUGGAGGUGGAGGGUCCGUCAUGGUCUGGGGCGGUGUGUCACAGCAUCAUCGGACUGAGCUUGUUGUCAUUGCAGGCAAUCUCAACGCUGUGUGUUACAGGGAAGACAUCCUCCUGAUGUGUUACCCUUCCUGCAGGCUCAUCCUGACAUGACCCUCCAGCAUGACAAUGCCACCAGCCAUACUGCUCGUUCUGUGCGUGAUUUCCUGCAAGACAGGAAUGUCAGUGUUCUGCCAUGGCCAGCGAAGAGCCCGGAUCUCAAUCCCAUUGAGCACGUCUGGGACCUGUUGGAUCAGAGGGUGAGGGCUAGGGCCAUUCCCCCCAGAAAGGUCCAGGAACUUGCAGGUGCCUUGGUGGAAGAGUGGGGUAACAUCUCACAGCAAGAACUGGCAAAUCUGGUGCAGUCUAUGAGGAGGACAUAUUAUUCCAUUUCUGUUCGUCACAUGUCUGUGGAACUUGUUCAGUUUAUGUCUCAGUUGUUGAAUCUUGUCAUGUUCGUACAAAUAUUUACACAUGUUAAGUUUGCUGAAAAUAAACGCAGUUGACUUUUCUUUUUUUGCUGAGUUUACAUUGGUCUUUAGGGAAUUUUUUUUAUUUUGUAACAACAUACAUUUUGAUGUAGUACAUUAGGUGCCUGAUGUGCCUAAUGUGGCUAGUACAGCCCUGUUAAAAGCUUCUCUGUGGGAGAAAUCAAUGCACUUGUCACACCCUGAUUUGGUUCACCUGUCCUUGUGAUUGUCUCUACCUCCUCCAGGUGUCGCUUAUUAUCCCCGUGUAUAUAUCCCUGUGUUUCCUGUCUCUCUGCCAGUUCGUAUUGUUUGUCAAGUCAACCAGCGGUUUUCCUUGCGCCUAUUUUUUUUCCCCCAGUCUCUGGUUGGUUCUAGUCCUCCUGGUUUCGACCCUUGCCUGUUCUGACUCCGAACCCGCCUGCCUGACCACUCUGCCUGUUCUGACUACCAGCCUGCCUAUCCCCUUGUACUUGUUUUAGACACUGAUCUGGUUUCUGACCCCUGCCUCGCCUGACCUCGAGACUGCCUAGUGUCUGGUACUGUUUGGACUCUGACCUGGUUUAUGAACUCUCGCCUGUCCCCAAACUGCCUUUGCCUACACCCUUUGUUAUAAUAAAAAUCGGAGCUCUACCAUUUGGCUCCUGUGUCUGCAUUUGGGUCUCGCCUUGUGCCCUUAUAGCACUCAGAAGCCUUUUAGGGUGAGGAGACUAUAGCUUCCUCCUGUGGGAAUUGUAGAGCAUAGAAACUCGUAACAGGCUUCUAUAGGAAGUGGGAGAGGAAACCCUUCUCUUUACCAACCACUAACUCAGAACACAUGUUUGAUCUGCCCAUUUCUCCUUUUUCUGAAACAAUAGUGCUUCUACACCUGCAUUGCUUGCUGUUUGGGGUUUUAGGCUGGGUUUCUGUACAGCACUUCGAGAUAUUAGCUGAUGUACGAAGGGCUAUAUAAAAUAAACUUGAUUGAAUAGUAGGUCUUAUGCAAGUAUAAUAUAAUGUCUAGCUAGCUAUAUGAUUGUCUAUAAAACUGUUGUGCUCUGUGUUAUAUUUUUGUGUGUGCAUGAUAUGCAUCUACGUGAGCUUGCAUUGCUCGGUAUUAACAUUUUUGCAACUGCUUAUGAAUGCACUGCAGCUUUAGUGCCGAAAUUCCACAUUGCGUCGUGUGUGCGCGCGUUUCGUGCAUGAAAGGGAAAAAGAGGGCGAGAGAGAGCAAAGAGUGAUUUUCAUAUACUGUAUAAUGUUGUAUCUGGGUCAAGCUGUAUGUGCAUUUAAUACAGCUAAUAAAUCAUGGUGCUGAAAUCACUGUGCUGAACUGCUCAAAUAACUAUCAAAAUGAAUCUGGUUAAAGUGUUUUUUUUUUUUUUGUUGACAGUCUGCUGCUUGUCAUAUGACAUCACUCUGAGAGGACAAUGGCAGCUGCAUGGCCUGAAGUCAAAAACCAGAUCUGCAGGAUCUCAGCCAGUUUAGUCACUUUUGUUUU